CUAGUGAAAGAUCCAGUUUCAGUUUUUAACGAUCCCCCACGAAGUGUGGAAUAGAGUGCCUUGUAAAUUCAAUUAAUUGCAUUCAAUUUGGCAAAUCUUCGCCGCUGGGAAUAAUAACCAGCUGCAGGAAAAACCAGUCCCACAGUUACAUCAAAAAUAAUUGGCUUAAUACAUAAAUGUCAUGUUUAGCCGAUUGGAAGCCCAUAAAUGUCGUCCGAAAAUGUUGAAUGAACUCUGAAAUCAGAUUAUAGGUAAAGAGAACUCUUCCCACGUGUACAAGUGCUUAAAGAUCGAUACACAGAACACAAUUUAUAAAUAUUAUAUAUUAAAAAAAAUCGAGUUACUUAAUUAUAGCGUUACAACUGACAACAUUUUGUAAGUUCGUAAAAAUAACUAUAAUAACUGAAUAAAAUUAUUUUCAAAUGUUGUUUCUUAACUUAUGAAAUGCUCUAAGUUUUUCUAUGUUUAAUUUUUGUUUAUGACGCUCCACAAUGAAUGUUUUCUUGAGCCUGCCCAAAAUGGUCACCUCAGCGGACAGAUUGUCGGCUCGUUAGGUUUGAUUGGCUUCUGGCUUACAGCGGUCAGAAAUCCGCAAUAUGGCCAAAACGCUGCUGUGUCGCAGCUGUUGUCAUUAGUUGUCCACAAGCGAGAUGUCAAAUGGCAAAUGAUUUGUGGGACGCCGGCAAGUGAAUCGAAGAUGGAACCGAGCUCGGAUCAAUGGACACUGGUGGCCCAUUCCCCGGAGAGCACUUCGCAAUUAGCUUUACAUAACCUGACCCACUCAACGCACUCGUGACCAAGGAAAGUCUGUUGCUACAACGAAAUCGUGGGGCACUUUUCGAUUUUCGGGGACUACUCGUCCAUUAAAAGUGAUAGCUGCGAAAGUGCGAGCGUCCAGAAUAAUUUGGUAUCAAAUGAAUCCAGGUCAUAGGCGUCACGCCUUCGUAAAGCCAACCUAAAGCCUUUAAAAAGAGUAUCACUUUAGGGCCGAUCAGUCAGUAAUUGGUCAAAAUGUCAACCAAGUGGACGUCUCUAGUCGCAGCCCUUGUGGGAUUACUAAUCAUCAAAGGAGCCCUCGCGGAUGUGGCCCACUACUUUGCACCUGCUCUGGAUCAAUUCGGAAACUAUCUCCAUGGCCAAGUGCCCUUCCAAGUGGGACUAUCUCCCCCCCAUUUGUAUGGACCUCCAGCUGCGGUUCCCGUAACUCCUGCCCCGGUGGCUCCGGUCUCCACCACCGAGUUCAGUCUGCCGGAGAUCAUCGAGAACCGCAGUGUCAAGUUUCAGGGAACAGGACACGGCAACUUCAUACCCGUGAGCCAACAUUAUCUGCCGCCUGCUGUGGAGGAGCGUCCCAACUACGAGAGUCCCAAGCCUAGUGAGGAGACCUAUCCAGCUUACUACUAUCCCCAACCGCCAGGAGGCAGCAUCUUGACCACCUCCACACCCACAUCGACCACCACCUCAAGACCCAUCAUUGUUCAAGAUCCUGGCGAGGAUAUCGAGAACAUUCCCUCUCCUGGCUACGAUUACCAUGCUCCAGUGGCUGUUUUUCCCCAAAAGCCUUCCACUCCUGCUCCAGUUUAUUUACCGCCUAGUGAUGGAAACCAGGAUCAAAACCAACUGAGACUCAGGCUCAAGGACAUGCGUUGCCUCUCGGGGGCUUACUUUCGAGCUGUUCUCAAGUUGGAUAGUUUCCUGGGAGCAGCACCCACUGUGGAUCAGGAUAACGAUGACCAGCAGGACAAGCGGUGCGAAAUGAAACUGUCUCGAAGCUUUCUGCUGCUGGAUAUUUCUGGAGAGAACUUUGAACGCUGUGGUGUUAAGUCCUGUGGCCAGGAUCUCUGCCUACGCCUGCGAUUUCCCGCCAUCAGGGGGUUAAGAACCGGAGGAGAUUCCAUCUUAACCCUGCAUUGCAAAACCCAAGAGAGAGUGGCUGUGAAAACGCAUGCACUGAAAAUGGGAGUUGCUAAUGAUGUACAAGCUCGCAGUGGAGGUAGCUAUGCCCAUGGUGGCAAUCAGAAUGCCUUUCGCACGCAUGUGGAGUUAUUGAGAAAAGGAAGUACUGGUUAUACUCGACAUUUGGAGAGCAAUGGUGCCGUCCAGUUGGGCGAGGAACUCUUGUUAAGAGCCCAUGUUUUAGCUGGAGAUGGUUGGAACUACACCAAGCUCAGUGAUGUCCAGUUGCAGAGGAUUUCAACAGGAGGAGAAAUCCUGAAUAAUGUUCAGCUAAUCAGUUCCAGGGGUUGUCUUAAUCCCGCAAUGCAAGCAAUUUGUGGGCAUGCCCCCAUUUUGGAGCCUCCCCUUGGCCAAAGACUCCACUUCAAGGCCGUGAUGUUCCCGGGAAUGCGGAGUGGAGAUGUGCUGGUCAUCUCCAUGCGAAUUACUGGUUGUCUAGAGCGCGAAGAUUGCCAAGUUACAGCUCAAGAUUGCCUGCCAUCAGUGGGUCAACGGAGACGACGGAACGUUUCACAUGGAAACUCCACCGAGAUUUCGGAACUAUCCCAUCUAACAUUCAGGGUUAUAAUGCCAGGAGAAGAGGAUGUAUUUUCGAAAGAAGGAGAUAUCCAAGAUGUAAAUGUGAAGGUCAGAGAUGUAUCCAAAUCCCUAGCUCUCUUUGGUAGCUUGGGUUUUAUAGUAAUGCUGUUGGGUGUUGCCAUUGUGGCUCUAUAUAAAUUUGGAAAAUAGUAAAAUGAGUUUAUGUGAACCUCUUCUUAAAUAAUAUUAAUUAUCUUUGGUGUUAAAAAACCAUACCCUCUCCAGGGGUAUAAAAAUCUAUUAGCAAAUGAAAUACAUAAUUCCCUCAUUGUAAAACUGGCCAUUGGAAGCACUCUACAAAAUCUCCAUCAAUGGCAAUCGAAGGCGCCAAUCUGCACCACUGAACCACUGAACCUGUCUCUUAUCCAUCUGUCUGCCAAGCAAAUUGACUUAUCGCCCCACUGGAAUCGGCAACGAGCCAGUGUUUGCCCAUUUCGAGCCUAAAACAGAAAUUAGCACUUAAUAAAACUUUAUUUAUGUUCAUGUCGCUUGUAAUUGAACGGGCCUGAGAAAAAGUCUCAAAAUAAAAUGUAGAAAACCUUUAAAGAGCCAGUAGGCAAACCAAAAGUCUGACUGAUUUCCAAACUGCGAGCGCAAUUCGCAAAUUGCGAUCUGCGAUUUA